CACUUCUUCUCCCCCUUUCUCUCUCUCUCUCUAGAUUUCCGAUUUCUUGCUUUUCGCCAUAUCCACGGGAUGCCAUUUUUGGACCGCAAACACCGCCGCAGCCAGAGGGCGGUCCCGCUCAUCCCCAGGGACCACCACGGUGGAGGGGAAUUCGACGGCGCCUCCUUCUCCGGCGCGGUCUUCAACCUCUCCACCACCAUCGUCGGCGCCGGAAUCAUGGCUCUCCCGGCGACCUUCAAGCAGCUCGGCGUCAUUCCCGGGGUCAUAAUUAUCGUUCUCGCCGGAUUCCUGACGGAGAAAUCGAUUGAGAUGAUCCUCCGCUUCAGCCGCGCCGCAAAGACCAGUUCCUACUCCGGAUUGGCCGGCGACACCUUCUCCGGCGCUGGCCGUUAUCUCCUGCAGCUCGGCAUCGUCAUAAAUAACGUCGGCAUGCUCGUAGUUUAUAUGAUUAUCAUCGGUGAUGUGCUAUCUGAGACAUGGUCACAAGGGGUGCACCACACUGGUGUGGUGGAAGAAUGGUUUGGGUUACACUGGUGGACUACACGUUUUUCCAUACUGCUUCUCACAACCAUCUUUGUUUUCGGGCCUCUGGUUUCAUUCAAGCGCGUAGAUUCAUUGCGAUACACUUCAGCACUGUCGGUUGGAUUGGCCAUUGUGUUCGUGGUGAUCAUAGCAGCAGUUGCUAUUGUGAAGAUGAUAAAUGGAAGCAUUGCAAUGCCUCAAUUGCUGCCUAAUGUUGUUGAUCAAGCAUCUUUCUGGAAACUUUUCACGACAGUUCCUAUAUUGGUCACGGCCUAUAUUUGUCACCAUAAUAUUCACCCGAUAGAGAAUGAGCUGGAAGAUCCUUCACUGAUGAAGCCCAUAGUCCGGACAUCAAUCACGUUGUGUACUUCAGUAUACAUAGCAACGAGCUUCUUUGGUUUCCUCCUCUUUGGUAACCAUACAAUGGAUGACAUUCUUGCCAAUUUUGAUGGGGAUCUCGGCAUCCCAUUCAGUUCGUUGCUUAAUGACAUUGUGAGAGUGAGCUACGCCAUCCAUUUGAUGCUUGUGUUCCCAAUUGUCUUCUACUCCCUCCGCCUCAAUGUUGACGGUCUCCUCUUCCCCUACGCAAUCCCCAUUGUCUAUGAUGAUCGAAGAUUUUUCUCAGUAACAGCAGGUCUCAUGGGGUUCAUCUUCAUGGGGGCAAAUUUUGUUCCUAGCAUAUGGGAUGCUUUCCAGUUUACUGGCGCCACAGCUACUGUCGCCGUUGGUUACAUAUUCCCUGCUGCAAUCGCCCUCAGGGAUACACGUUCAAUAGCUACAAAACACGACAGAACAAUCUCGUGGAUUAUGAUGUUCCUGGCCGUGUCCUCAAGCACUGUCGCCAUCUGCAGUGAUAUGUACAGCAUUGUUUAUGGCAGUAAAACUGCGGAAGCAUAGUUUUGCUUCAGGAAAUUCUCUGGCAAUCUGAACCACACGACUCAAUCUGCGUCUCAGGUAUAACUCGACUCAAACAGAAUACGAAGUGAACUAACGAAUAGAGAACCUGAAUGCCUCUAACCACACAUUCUUUGCAAGUAUUUAUGUAAAAAAAAAUGCACAAGUUGAGACAUGAGGUGAGUAUAGUUGAAAAUGAUCCAGUUUUGGCUUUUUUUCAGUACAGCUUGUGGUAGUGAAAUGUACUAACACGUUGUUGUAGAUUUUUUUACAAUGAAUGCCAGUUUUUGUUGUAAAAUUUAUCAAA